ACAACAACAGGCCCGAGUCAGAUGGUCUAGCUGCAUGUGUCUAGUUCCAACACUAAAUUUAAGACAUUAUCGGGCACAAAGGAAGUUAAAAUGGACGAUUAACAUCGGAUUUGCACGUUUGUUCGACUCGUACCAGCUGAGAAAUGUAUAACAACGGUAAUUAUGAUCAUGGACCUAUGAAGGGAUGGACAUUCAUCGCUUAGAUAAUGAAUUCACUAACAGGUGACUGUACAUGUCUGAAUAACAUUAUUUUCAUUCUAGUCUUCUUUGGACCUAUGAUCGUCACCGUGAGAAGGGACAGAAGCAGUUCGUGACUGGACAUAUUUCACAAAUAAUAUGUGCAAUUGAUAACAAAUCACUUAAAUCAUGAAAAAUCGAUGUGCAGUUUUUGUUUACCUUUGGUAAUCUAAUUAGUUCCAUGUGUUUUAUUUGGGGAAAUGUCUGCAUAUUUUAAUAUAGAGGCAAUAUUGUGAUUGAUUGUUUACCAUUUAAUAUUUGAUUUUCCCAGGUUUCUCCAUAAUAUUCCAGAUAUACGUGGUACAUAACAUGUAUAGAUAGCGUAUCUCUCAAUGUUAUUGAUGUCCUUAUGUGUGAGCGGUAGUUAGCGGAUCGAAUAAUAUCAUAUUUUAUAUCAUAUAAAUCGUCUGCUUCUCAAGUUUGCUGCUCCAAAUAUGAAGCAUGUUGACUGGAAGGCACAUGCUGAAACAGGGUAUCAGCCAACAAAAAUCAAGACCGGGAAACUGUUCCGUCUGUGGGUGAUCAGAUACGCCUUGGUAGUCAUGGACUGGUAAUUGCUAUUGUUACAACACCUGUAUGUUCUCAUUAAGAUGCACAUAACCAGGCGACGGUGACUAUCAUUGGACCAAAGAAAUGCUCGCGUUAAUCGUCCAUCUCUUCAUAUGUCCAUGUUAUGAUCAAGGAUGAUUUGUAGAUCGACUCCUGUAACAUUGUAAGGUGAGGCGUAGAAUGCUGACGCAGUUAUCUUUGGUAUAUUUUCUGCUGCUGUUUUCUCCGGCUUUAAAUCUAAACUGGCAGGCAAGACCCGAUGACUGUGGUCGCAAAUAUGCUGGGAUCGCCACCCAAAUCGUUGGGGGAGAACCCGCAGAGGAAUAUGCUUGGCCCUGGCAGGUUGCUAUGUUGGAAAAUGGAGAACAGAUUUGUGGGGCAUCCUUAAUCGACCCAUGGUGGGUCAUUACGGCUGCUCAUUGUGUUGACCCAUGUUACCUUUGCGAGCCGCACGUCUUCGAGUUCCUCGCUGGCUCGAUCAGCCUGACUUCCGAGACCAAUUCCACCCAGGUCCGCCGCGCGUCCAGAAUCUUUACUCAUCCCGAGUUCGAUCUACUCGGUGAUGAGGAGGUCGAUCAUGAUAUUGCCCUGUUCAUGAUGUCGGAGCCUUUUAAUCUCACUGAAGAUUAUCGAGUGAAUACCAUCUGUCUUCCAACGAGGGAUAUGGACGAUGAGUUCGGCGCGGGGAAGACUGCGACGGUCACAGGAUGGGGGACUCUUAAGAGUGGAGAAUCCGACUAUCCGGACACGAUGUAUCAGGUGGAUGUUCCCAUUUACGACCAGGAGCAAUGCAACAAAUCACUAAAUGGCGAAAUAACUGAUAACAUGAUUUGUGCAGGCCUGCCGGAAGGAGGAGUCGAUGCUUGUCAGGGUGACAGUGGUGGCCCCCUGGUAUCACUUGGAGGGGUUAAUAACAACCAGUAUUACCUGAUUGGUAUCGUGAGCUGGGGUGAAGGGUGUGGUGAUCCGGACUCGCCCGGUGUAUAUACCAGAGUAACUCGCUUCGAAAGCUGGAUCCUACCUAUCUUUAACAACAACUACACCUUAGAUUCAUAUGUUCCAUGUGUUUGUCCACAACCAUUAUCAUCGGCUGUGAUAGGGGGAUUGACUUCUUUGUCGUUACUUUUAGCCGUUUCGAUAGGCUUCAAUACAGCCCUCAUUAUCACGUGGAAAAAGAACACCAACAAAGGGGUCCAAGAUAGCCUGAAAGGAGACAUCGGGCACACGUUGACAAACAAAGAAUGAAUAGGAUGGAACACACGAGACCACCACCCCCUCCCCCUUCCCCAAGAGUAGAUCGGGGAUUUAAUAGGUCGUGCCCGCCCCCUCCACCAUCCAUGCCUGCCCUUCCCCUCCUUCUUUCUCUCUAUUCCUUUAUCACUCGUGGAUAUAGUAUUCAUCAUGUUCUUCAGCACCUUCCUUAAUAAACCCCACCACAAAAUUAUUCCAGCGCCCCUUCUUCUGUAAAUUAAUCCAUAAUAUGAACAGGUCGAGACACAGUAGCGCAAAGCUAGUGGUGGGGCAUGGGCCUAUACAACUGGAAAUUCAACGAAUCCCCUCCUUUGGGCUAAAGACGGUCCAUGGGUGGGGAAACUGCUUAAUCAGAUCUUUAUUAUACAGGAACUGAAGGUUUAUAGGCCUACGUAACUCGGACAGGGGUUCCCCUAUGCAGUUCCUGAUAUUGACUUGUAACACAUUCACUGUGUAAUUUUGCAGGGUAGUCGUAAGCCCAUGUUUAUUUCUAUAGAGGACUACACAUUUUAUGAUCCACUGCUCACAGAAAUAAAUCAGCUUAUUCGUAUUCAUAAAUGUUUUAUAACGUUCUUAUUUAUUCCUUUCAUUUAUGUUCAUAAAAAGGUUAUCUGUUUUGUAAUAAAUAGUGAUUUAUAUGCUGGCAGAAUUGUAAAUUUUUGCUAAGAUAGUAGUUUUUAUGACAGACGAUGGCGAAAGUCCGAAAAUAUUAUUGAAUUCUGACCCGUCGAAUAUUAGGUUUCCAUCUUGAUCCAGAUAAUCGUUCUUGUUCAUAUUGCAAAAGUGCAAUACAAAAUCAGUUACUGACAAAACAGCACUAAUAAUCAUUUAAAUUGUUGAUAUACGUUAAAUCUGAUUUAAAAUAGCAAUUUUCGUUUUAAUGAUUUCAUGUAGAAUAAUACCUCUUUGUGUUUUUUGUUUAUUAUUUUUUCAUUAAUAAAGAAAGUACUCAUGUAUCGUACAUGCAUUUAUUUGCAUUUGUUUUCAUUAAAUUUUGAUAGGCCUGCAAAGGCUAAUAAAAAUCCCAGAAAAGAAGGUGCAGAACCUCAACAGGUUUUUUUUUAACUAGGCCAAGUAAAAAAAGAUAGUAGUUGAUCGUCCGGGUUUUCUGAGAGCAGUGAUGAGGGAGGUCCUUACUAUUUGCUAUCUUGCUAUUUUUUUUAAAAACAAGGAGGCAUUUUCUCGGCCCGUUUUUUGACAUCAGUGAUGAGGGAGGUCCUUACUAUUUACUAUUUUUUUUGCUAUUUUUUAUUCAAAUGAUUGUCAGGCCAUGUCAAGCUCGAAUUAUGUGAUCGAUGCAUGAUCAAUAUUAAUAAUAAAUGAGUAGAAAUAUAUACAUGUAUAUAUAUACAUGUAUGCAAUUGAUUGGAAAUCUAUAUGGAAAAUGUAUUAUGCUAUAAAAAUCUAUUGAAGU